GUAUAAAUCGUCACGUGUUACGUGAUACAUUCAUUUCCAAUUUCAAUAUGGACGCUGCACGACAAUAAAUAGUAUUUUUGCCGGCAUCUAUUACUAUUUUUUUGUACGCGUAGUUAUUUUACAAUUAAAGAAAUUAAACAGUUUUAUAAAUUAUUUAUUUGUAACGAUGUUCUUGGUUCAAAGUGACGAUGAUAACCGUGCUUACAUAGUUGAUUAUGAAAACAUUGAAAAUGCUGGGAAGCAUGAACACGAAAUACUCAAGAACGACAUUGUAAAAUUUACAAUAAAUAAGAAACAACAUGAUGGACAAGUUCUCGAGUUUUCAAAUAAUUCUCAAUAUUUGAAAAACCAAAGGAGCAAAUUCAAUAAGAUGAUUGAUGAAAAAAAAAAGCUCUCAGCUGAGAUCACAACUAAACGAAAGCCUGUCCCUAAAAGGAGUUGGUCUCCAAAUGAUUCACCUCCAUCAAAAAAACCAAAAAAACCAUUAAAAAUAACUAAAAAUACCAAAUCCAAAAAAUUGAAUGAAAGUUCAGAAUCAAGCAUGUCGUCAAACAUAUCUAUUGAAAGCAGUGACAAUGAAUUUUCUCAUCAACGUGAUCAAAAACCAUCAGAAGAAAUAGAAAAUAUUAGUCCAUCAAAAGAUGACUUAAAAAAGCAGAUAGAAUUGCUAAAAGCUCAGAAGAGAGAAUCAUUAUCUGCAGAAAACCGUAAUGUUUGUACACUAACACCUCAUAACCAAAGUAAUAAGUUAUUGAACAAGAAAAUGACUUCAGAAAAAAAUGUUAAUCAAGUGGUAUCAACAGAAAAAAAAACUGAUGAGGUAGAAGUAAAAGAUAAAAAUGAUUCCGGGAAGCUCAACGAGAGUCAAAAAAUAUCAAUAGAGCAAUUAUUUUCUCCUAAUUAUGAUGACGGAAAAAUGAAACAGCUUGGAAAUGAUGUUUACUGCAGAGAAGUAAUCUAUAGUUCAGCGUUGGGAGCUUCGCACAAGGCAACGCACUUGGCAAGAAGGUUGCUAGAAGGUGUGUUUAAGCACGAAGCCUUGAUGGGUUGUACUUUAACAGGGCAGGCCCCACGAGGUACAAGUAAAAAAUUAAUAGUUAAGCCAUUAGAUCAGCGUGCGAAGGAUGCAAUUGUUGACUUUUCAAUGCGUAUAGCUACUGAAAAAAUCUGGCCAAGUCAAAACCGUGGUACUAUAUUCAAGGAAAUGAGUCAAAAAUUAACCGAGUACAAACGUGAUCACAAUAAAAAAAAUCCGACACAACAAUAAUGAUGAUAAACAUUAACAAUAUUUAUUACGUUUAUUUAAUUUUAUAUAUUUACGUGAGUUCUUAAGUUAAUUUAGAAAAAUGAACCAAAGGUUAACCGGAUUAGUUGAUAGUGAAUAACGUUUAAUAAUAAUUAAGUAAUAUUAAUAAUAAUUCAUAAAAAUUAAUAUAUGCGUGAUUAAAUAAAUAUUGAAAAGUUUGUAGUUCUAAAAUCAAUGAACCAAAGGUUAACCAAAUGUUACAGAUAAUAUUUAAUAUUUUUUAAUAAAAGAUUAGUGAUACUAAUAA